AUCUGAACACGCUUGAGCCUGAUAGCACCGGUUAGCACGUUGACGCUCAGCGUACCGGUCUUGAACGCCUCCUCGUGUACAAGGCACGCAGCUCCAUACAGCAGAAGCAGCAGCAGCGAGCAGAGCAGCUGUCAUGUGAAUCAGCUGGACGAACAAGGAAGGGGAUAAACAACAACACCAACCCUUAUUCUUUAUCAAGGUUUGAGUUGGUGAGCAGGCAGGAUGGCGGGAGCAGAGGUGUUCACCCCUGCAAACCCCACCUGCAAGAUCAUGACGUUCAGGCCCACCAUGGAAGAGUUUCAGGACUUCAACCAAUACCUGGCUCACAUGGAGUCUCAGGGGGCUCACCGUGCAGGCCUGGCUAAGGUGAUUCCUCCUAAAGGCUGGAAGCCCCGCCGUACCUAUGAUGACAUAGAUGAUCUGAUGAUUGAUGCUCCCAUACAACAGAUGGUGGCUGGCCAGUCAGGGCUCUUCACUCAAUACAACAUCCAGAAGAAGCCUCUUAGUGUGCAGGAGUUCAGGCGAUUGGCUAACAGUGACAUGUACUGUACGCCUCGCUACCUGAAUUAUGAAGAUCUUGAGAGGAAAUAUUGGAAGAACCUCACUUUUGUCUCUCCAAUAUAUGGUGCUGAUGUCAGUGGCAGCCUUUAUGAUGAGGAUGUGGAGGAGUGGAAUAUUGGCCACCUGAAUUCUGUCUUGGAUGUAAUCGAGGAGGACUGUGGUGUCUCCAUCCAGGGGGUAAACACUCCAUAUCUAUACUUUGGCAUGUGGAAGACCACCUUCUCCUGGCACACUGAAGAUAUGGACUUGUACAGCAUCAACUACCUGCACUUUGGAGAGCCCAAGUCCUGGUACGCCAUCCCCCCUGAGCACGGAAAGAGACUGGAGCGUCUGGCUACAGGUUUCUUCCCCAACAGCUUCAAGGGCUGUGAAGCUUUUCUUCGCCACAAGAUGACUCUAAUCUCCCCUUCCAUACUGAAGAAGUAUGGCAUUCCUUUUGAUAAGAUUACUCAGGAAGCUGGAGAGUUCAUGAUCACCUUUCCUUAUGGCUACCAUGCUGGUUUCAAUCAUGGUUUCAACUGUGCUGAGUCCACCAACUUUGCCACAGUGCGCUGGAUAGACUAUGGCAAAGUGGCAACGCAGUGCACAUGUAGCAGGGACAUGGUCAAGAUUUCCAUGGAACCUUUUGUGAAACGUUUUCAACCUGACCGCUACCCCACCUGGAUGCUGGGCAAAGACUCCACACCUAUCGACCACACACAUGCCACUCCCAGCUCAACACCGGAGCUGCAGAGCUGGUUGCAGAGGCGGCGCAAGACCAAGCCUGCCAGUAAAGGCAACGGCAACCCUCGUAUGCGCUCCAAGCGCCUCAGAACCACAGAAGAGCCUGUUGGCUUGGAUGGCUGCUCAGCAUUGAACAGCAACAAAAGGAAAGGUCUGGGUGGCCCACUCGGGCCCAAGGUUCGAAAGUCUGUGUCAGGGACAGAUUGCAGAGAAGAGAAGAAAGAAAGGAAAAAGGAAGCUGAUUCAAAGCACAACCAUAAUCUAAAAUCUUUUCAGCUACCUGGUCCUUGUAGGCAGAUGUGUGUGGUCAAGGUGAAUCGUGUGGAGAGCGAUAGUUUAGGAUAUUCCACCAAGGGACCAUCCCAUAACUCUCCCUGUAGCACCUUUCCCUCCUCUGCUGCACCAGUAAAGAAUGACCCAAAGGCAGAGACAGACACUCAUUUUGACCCUCAACGUCUCUCAGGGUCAGAGGUCACAAGCAGGAUUCCUGAAGGAUUCAGACAAUGGCCCAAGGCUAACCAGAUGCAUCCUGGAAUUAAUGAGUCAAGGUGUCACUCUCCCGAACCACAAGACCUCACAACUCUUCAGGACUGCUCUAUCAGGGUGCCUCCCCCGGAGGCAAACAGACUCAGCUCACCUCUUCACACAACAAGCACUUCUGCUAAGACUGAGAUGAGCUUGUGUCCUACCAACUGUGAAGCUCAGAGGCCUGGUUCCUCAUUUAGAGUGGGUACUUUGAACCCACUGCCAAACACUGACAGCUGCAUGGACACAUGUUCUGAGAAUAACACUAACAAUGCUGCUAAAGCAGAGAACAUGGACACUGGUGUUGAUCCAAAAUGCCCACACUCCAGUGCAGAAGCACUUUAUGAUGUAAAAACUGAGCCAGUAGAGGGGAAAGGUCACAUAUCAUGUGGUUCCUUCCCCCAUUCAGGACACAUUUACAGUCCAGAGAAAAGCAGCACUGAGGGGAUUCUUUUCCCUCCUCUCCUACAGAGGAAUGCAGUGGAUAUGCCACAACUCACACCGGAGCUAGCAGAUAAGGCUGGAAUCUGCCCUUUGCCACCUGUACUGACACAAGAGAUGCCCUCUCUCACCCCGGCCGAUGAUGGGCUGACUGAUGUAACAAAAUCUAGACUGUGCAGUGACCAGGUUGCACCUGUGCUUGAACGGGAGACGCCAACUAGCUCUCUGUCCUCACAUGGAGCCAAACAGGAUGAGAGAAAAACUGACUUACUGAUGUCAAAAGAACCUUUCACUGUAAAACGAGCCAAAAACAGGCGCUUAGAUUCUUCACAUAACAGUGAAGGGGCAUCAAUGUCUGUUUCAGUAUCAGUAUCAGAAGGAAACACGACUCAUUUAACCACCAAUGCUAUACAUAAAAUAACAUCUGGUGGUGUCCAUGAAAUGCCAGUAGCAGCCGGAAUUGCUGCAGAAAAGGAUCGUACCAAGUUGGAAAAUGUAACUAACGGACAUACUGAGGCUUCUUCUUGCCAGCUAGUUCAAAGCACUUCACCAGGAACAGAGCAGCAAUACAGCUUAGCAAAGUUAGCAAAUAGGGACAACUCAAAGGACCCAGCACAAAGAGACAGUGCAUUGAGUCAGAGCAGUGCUGCUUCUCUUUUAACUAGUUCCUCAAACAAUAAUCCCCCAGCCCCUUCCCCUCUGUUAUGCACUCAGAAUGACAGUCACUCAGCUUCAGAACUGAACCACAACACUACAUACUCCCCCUCACAUUGUACUUCCCAAAACUCAUACAUAGAGCCCAAACCUUUUUCGAGCAGUAUCUGGAAAAACUUCAGUUCCCCGAGUCCUGCAGUGCUCAUCCAAAGUCUGAACCCAGAACUCCCCUCUGAUUUCACCCAUGAUGCCCUACCUUACACCAUGUGGACCGAACCUCAGUGCAAAGAGGUCACAGACCUCGAUGACCCACAACAAGACCUCCGUGAGUCAGACAACCUGGAAGAGGACGGUGGGACUCUCACCUGGGCCCAGCUGGAGCCCACUUCUUUGGUUUCUGUUGGUGCUGUUGAGCCCAUGGGGAUUUGUGGAGAUUAUGAACUCCACAAUGGGGAGGCAGAGGGGUCUGAAGCUCUUUCCUUGUGCAGAGAGUUGGAAAGACAGAGAGACGGAGAGGAAAGUCUACACUCGGAUACUUCUGUUUCACCUCUGGGGGUAGGUGCAGGAGGACAGGAUGGGGUGUCUGAUAUGGAAGAAGGGGGAUCUGAUGGCGAAGAGGCAGGGCAGCAAAGUAAUGCCAAGAGGGACAGCAGUAGUGACUCAUCAGAUGAAGAAGAAGAAGAAGAGGAAGAAGAAGAAGAAGGGGAGGAAAAUAACACAUGCAACUACCAGUGUGAUGAAUUAGGGCUGGAACCUGGAGAGGUCUGUGCUUACCCAGCGCUGUCAGUGAAGAGGACUACUAAGAGCUGGCGUCACCCACUCAGGAAACCUACUGCACGGGCUGUUCCCACCGCUGUCAAACAGCAAGCUGCCAGUGAUGAUGAGCCCACUGAAGAAAACAUGGCUGAGGAGGAGGAGGAGCAGGAGGAAAUGGAAGCGUGGGCGAAGCCUCUGGUACACCUGUGGCAGAACAGGAAGAGCUGCUUCACGGCAGAGCGGGAAUACAAUGCUCACGUAGCCACGGUGCAGCCGUACUGCGCUGUGUGCACACUCUUCAUGCCCUAUUAUCAGGUUGAAGACAAAGCUGAGGACAACGCGCCUCUCUUUGCUAAGGACAGCUCCAAAUCUCCAUCUCCAUUGGAGGGCCCCACACAUCCUGUCUGUCGAGGUCUAAAAAGGACCAAGCCUCUGGUCCCGGAGAUUUGCUUUUCUUUCCGGGAGCAGAACUGCCCCCCGACUCCCAUGAACCCUCUUCUGCAGGAUGAUGGCACCUCCCCUCUACUGUGCUGCCAGGGCUGUAGCCUGCAAGUCCAUGCUAGUUGUUACGGUGUUGCUGCAGAUGACAUCAGCGAACAGUGGUCUUGUGAUCGCUGUACGGAAGGAAACUUUACAGCAGAAUGCUGUCUAUGUAACCUCAGAGGUGGAGCUCUGAAAAAAACCCAAAACGACAAAUGGGCCCACGUUAUGUGUGCGGUAGCUCUUCCAGAGGCGAGGUUCAUCAACGAAGCCAAGAGAGGUCCCAUUGACACCAGUAGGAUCCCUAUGCAGCGUUAUAAACUGAGGUGCAUCUAUUGUCGUAAGCGCUGCACGGGGAAGCGGCAGGCUGGUGCUUGUAUCCAGUGCUCAUGUGGCCGGUGUCCCACCUCUUUUCAUGUGACCUGUGCUCAUGCCGCCGGUGUAACAAUGGAGCCGGAUGAUUGGCCGUAUGUGGUAUCCAUCACCUGCCAUAGACAUCAAUCACGGGGCUCAUCAGCUCAGCGAGCGUGCCAAGCGUCCAUCACACUGGGCCAGACAGUGAUCUCCAAACACAAGAACCUGCGCUACUACAGCUCAAAGGUCACCCAGAUCAGCUCCCAGAUGUUCUACGAGGUCAUGUUUGAUGACGGCUCCUUCUCCAAUGAUACCUACCCCGAGGAUAUAGUGAGCAGAGAUUGUGUGAACUUGGGCCCUCCUGAAGUCGGGGAAGCUGUUCAGGUAAAAUGGCCUGAUGGGCUGUUUUAUGGUGCCAAGUACUUGGGAUCUAACAUCUCCUACAUGUACCAGGUGGAGUUUGAAGACGGGUCCCAGGUUCUGGCAAAAAGAGAAGACGUCUACACGCUAGAUGAAGACCUGCCUAAAAAGGUGAAGCGUAGACUUUCCACGGCCUCAAGCAUGCGUUUUCAGGACGCCUUCUUCACCACGCAGGGAGAGAGGAAACGCCAGAGAACACCUAAUUCACGCUUCCAGAAAGACUAUGUGGCCCUGCCAGGUCUCCGUACAACUGCCAAAAGCACAUGGGAGCAACGCAGCCACAAAGGGAAAUGAAGUCAUGGGAGGAUGAUCGAUGACAAAUGAAUGCACUGAAUGAACAGCUGAUGUUAGAGGAAAGAGUGAUGGUGUGUGUGUGUUUGUGUGUGUGUGAUUGAGUAUGACUGUAUGUGGGAGAUCUACUUCCUCAUUAGCUUUUGUCCACACAACUUCCCUGCGAGCAAAUCAGAUAAAAAAACAGAAGGGAAAUGGGUGAUUUGGGUCUAAUGGAUGUAAACUUGUGUGUGCUUGUAAUUUAACAUCAGUGAUUGAGUGAUGUAACAGGCUGGAGAAGAAUUCUGAUUGGACAAAUGGACUCUUACAGAACGGGUAAACAGCGGGCAAUGUUGCCUCAGAUGCCUCGUGCUUUCACAUCCGUCAGGGAAAAUUAAACGUGGCUUACAUUUGUCACGUCACCCUUUUUGAAAUGAACAAGAACUUUUUUCUUUGUACAAUAAAAAGACUUCACAGGUGGGAUUUUUCUAAAAUAGCUUGCCUCUGGUAGCUUUUUGGGUGGGGUGGGGGGGGUCUGUUAUUUCCAGUUUUGAUUUUGAAUAUUCAUGCACUUUGCUUGUAGUAUUUCCCUCAUGUCUUACUGCUUCUCCCUGCAUGUUUAACACUGUCUCUUAACUGCUUCUGCUGGGUCGAGUCCAAGUACACUCCAAUGGCUUCUUCUCUGCGCUGCUUUGGAAUCUGUAUUGACAAAUCAUAAAUGUAUUUUAUAAUUGAAACUGAGAAAUGAAUCGCUGUUAAUUGACAAAAAGAAAAUUGACCAAAUGUCAAGCACUUCCUAAGAUGAAAGAGAGAUUCAGACUGGAAGCCAUGCCUGUGUGUUGGAAAAGGCCCCUUUAAUGUGAAAUGCUACUGUUGCUCCGUUAAAUGAAACACAUUGUUGAAAUUAUUUAAAAUUUGUAUUUAUUUUUGGCUUGCUAUAGUUAAACUAUUGCUAACUGAUGUAAGGAAAGACAAUAAAAAAUUACAUAUUUGUUUUUUUCAA